UUGAAGAAUAAAUACUAAUACACAUUCUACCAAGACCUUUCUUAUAAAUAUAACUUAAAUUAUACGACACACAAACUCUUCUAUAUUAACAACCCACACCCAUUUGAGUUCUCAGCCAGUGUUUCUUUCAGGCGUCUCUCAGUUUUUCACCGUCAGAGAAAUUAAAGAAAUAUGCGGAAGAAAAUAUCCCAGUGUACCAACUCUAUGUGGACUAUAAAAUGGCCUAUGACAGCUUUAAAAGGAAAUAUCUAUAUGAGACUCUUCAAGCAUUUGACAUUUCCAAUAAACUGACAAGACUGAUGCAAUUAACAUUGAUGACAGAGGAGUGAAGAGGGAACACCACCAAAACCACAGAGGUAAGUAACUCAAAGGCAAAUCUAGGCUUAAAUGGUUAAAUUUGUGGGAAAAUAUCUACAAAAGCUGGGAAUCCAAGCAUGGAAAAGAAAAGCAUCAGUUAGGUUUAGGAGCAAGGAAGUGGGGGACAUGCUAAACCCCUACAUUGGCUGUAGUGCCACAGAGCUGGAUGCUAUUUUUUUUUUUAAAUUUUGCACAAUACUUACUUCAAUUUAAAGACUUACAUUAUGGGGAAAAGUGCUGCCUAUACAGAAUUAAACUAAUUUUCCAUCGCUAUAAAGGCCUACAUUUUGAUUUUAUAUUUCUUCACAAUAUAAGAUCAACUUUUAAAUAAAAGGCAGGGUGUUAUUUGUAUAGUAUCAUCAUGCUUUUAAUAUAUAGUUAUUAGUGUAAUUUUUGUCCGUGUAAACAAUUGAUAAAUGUGUCGUUUAGACUUUUCAACAAAAAGUUUUUUCUCCUCUUUUUGUAUCAUGUAUAACUUGGAAAUAUUUAGGAAGGUAAUUAAAAUACUUGCUUUUCAUAGACAUCUUUUUGUAUGGAAAUUUAUUUCAUUAAAUUUAUUAAUUCAUUAAUUAAAAAAGGAGUUUAAUUAUUUAUAUAGUUUAAAUAAAAAAAUAUUAAUAAACAUUCCUAUUUUUUACAACUUAAAAUAGAGGCUUUUUAUAAACACAAUAAGGUCAAGAGACACCUAAAUCCUUUUGCAUUCCUAUCAUGUGCAGGAUGAUACAAAAAAUAAAUUGCAUAACCAUAUUUUAAAUUUAUCUUUCAUUUUCUGGGGAUGGCCUAAAUGAAACCAAUCUCCCCGCAUUCAAUCAGUAGCCUUUGAUUGCUGCUUUACCUCUCUCCCUCAUGGCGAUCAAUGUAAUAGUACUGAGCCAAAACUAAUUUGAGGCCAAUAGAAUAUCCUAGGGCACACACUGAUAUAUCCACACACACACACACCCACCCCCCCCCCGAAAUGUCAUCUCCCUGAAUCAAAUUUUCUGAAAGAAACCAUGAUUAUCAGGCUUACUCCGAAAAGUUCCCCAGACCCCUCUCCAUUUUCACUUGGUGAUCCUCGUCACCCAGUAGUGUAGCUAGGGUAAAUGCCACCUUAGCCAAGAUUUUUGCUUCCCCCAUCCAUGAUAAAACCUGUGCAGUAGUCUAAACAUACUGACUCUCUUCUUCUUCUUCUUAUAUUUGAGGGGCCCACUAUCAAUUUGUUGAUCAUUCUGGCUCCUGGUUUAAAAUCAGAGUUUGCCUUCUCUUAGAUGGGUUGCCGUCCAAGGCUAAUGAGUCCCAUCCACCCAGUGUGCUUGGGAUGUUGGUUUUGGUGGGGAUUGAACUCCAGGCCACCAGCUAUUUGGUUUGAGAUAGUUUAGACACCCAGCACCCUUUUAUUCUCUUUUUUUAUAUAAAUACGCAUAUGGAACGUUUUUGAUUGAUUGCUCCUUAAAAUUAUUAUUUCAUAGGGUGGUUAAUUAUAAUAUCUCAAAACCAGUGACUCAUUAGCUGUGUGCAUGUCUGAUCAUUUUGAAAAAUGGAUUAUGAAUUUUCAGAUAUCAUUUGGUCUUUAUUUAUAAUUAUAAAGUGUUUCAAAUUGUAUUCCUUGAAAUUGUAAGUUGAGUUUUCAUAAUUUUGAAUAUUUUCAAAGUAAUUUGGUAAUCUACCACUUCAGCAUCUGCUAUGAGAAGUCAUGUUGUUCUGGUUUGAAGUCCUAGAUAAAUGGUUAUUGCUUUAUUGAUAAGAUGGAAUUCUACUUUCAUUGAUCCAUAUAGAUGGAAAUGUUUUUUAAGAAAAUUUUAAUGUUCAUUUAUGCUCAUAUAUAAAUAAUCCAAAACAACAUUAUAAAAAUAUAAAAAUGUAUAAAAAUGUUAAAAUAGAAAAAUGUAAUGAAUGAGUAAAGGCAGAAGAGUUUAAGAUUAUGCAUGGUUCACCCCUAAGGUAACAAUGUAGUUUUUAAAAAUAUCAUCUCCACUACAACUAAAACAGUUGCAGAACUUGAACUCAUGACUCAUGCAAAUAGUAAGGGAAAAGAUCACAGUUUUUGCUAAACUGUUUCUUCAGUUUGUGCGCAUUAUGAACAUUCUGUGUAUGGACACCAGCAUCAGUUGGAUCAUUAAAUUCAUAGACUUUGUGUCUGAUCUGCUGGUUUAUUUUUCCAUACAUGAACCUGUAAGACUGUAACUGUAAGGAUAAUAUAUAAUUAUAAUAUUUAAUUUAUCUCUCUAUACACUCCUGUAAAGUGAUCGCACGUUGGUCUGGCACUUCAACGAGAAAACAGUGCCCACUCUCAUUUUCUAUGCCAUAGACAUAGAAAACCCAGUCGCCCUCUCUCUACUCACCCUACUGGCCUACUGUUAAGAGACACAUCUGAAUAGGCCUACUAAGUACUAACUAAGCCUAAGCUCACUAAGCGUUUAAAACUUGAUCAACAAGAUUUUAUUCGAAUCCGAUGCUCAAAUGGCAGAUUACCCCUAACUUUAAUCUUUUCAUUCAAAUGCAUGAUUUUAUCUGUGCAGUUGUGUAACUAACCAGCCAGUGUUGCCUGCACUGUACCAUUACUACUGUAGUGUAAGUAACUAGCUCACACUCACACUAACUACUAACUGUUACUACCCAUGUACUCUUUAUGACCUAAUUUUUGCCUAAAUUAAUAUUAGUUUAUGUUGGCCCCUGUCCUAAGCUGCAGUGUAUAUUAAAAUUAGGACAGAUUCUUAACUUUUGUAUAAUACCUUUUCUUUUUCAGUGAGGUAUUACAGCGAGUUCCUUUUUACCGGCGUUCUUUAUUUCUUAACCAGCAUUUAAUUCUAAUAGUAAAGGUUACUCUAAUAACCUAGAUCAACGGUUGUCAACGAAUCAAUGCGUUAAUAUUAAAUUUCACUGUUAAACAUUUUGUUUAAAUUGUUUCUUCUCCUAAGUAUUAUUUAUUACUUUAACAUUUUUAAUUUCAUUAUAAAUAUUCAGUUGUAUUGUGCCGGAUACAGCUUAAAACAUGUUUUACAUUUGAUUCACGCUGUUAUAAUUAUAAUAAUAUUCAUUAAAAAUAAAACGAUACUAUUAUAAACUAUAGGAAGUACUAUCUUACUUUGAUAUCGCAAUUUAACGCACUGUGCUAAAUAGCCAGAAAAGUCCUGUACGCCAAAACAAAAGUUAAAAAGUGAAGUAUGCCUUAUUUACAACUUUUAAAAAUUAUUUGUCUAAUUUGCAUCGUAAAAAAAAUAUUAUUUUAUACUCGUUUGCUUAGUCUCCUAGUUAAUGGAAUAAAUAUUAUUUUUUAUUCUGUCAAAUCGAGAGACUCUGGUAGUGAGUUGAGUAAGCUUACUAAGACUAAGCAGACUAAGAUCAAGAGUAAGAGUAAGGGUGUGAACUGAGUGCAUUCGUUUUGCACUCCUUUCUCUUUGGUCUCCAUUUCGACGAUCGGCAAGAAAAUGGAAGAGAAACGAAUGUGUUACAUUUUUGUAACGUCACUGGCGACACUUUGCUCCAUUUUACUCAAUUUGGUUCCACUAGUUGGAACAAUCAUGGAGGCUUUGCAAUUGCUCAUACUGUUUUUGGAUGAAAAGGAAAUAUUGAACCCCAAAACGUUACUGGACACACAGAAUUUUUUUAUGAAGAGGUGAAUUUGGAGAAUAGCAUCAUCUUCUGGAUGAAGUUUUAAGAGAUGAAGAAAAAUGUGUUUCCUAUAUUCAAUAUUCGGAUGCGCCCUGAAACUUGUCCAAUCCUUCUUGAUCACAUUGGACCUCAUAUUGAGUAAAGAACAAUGAAUUUUCGAAAACCUUUGUCUUCAGGAGAAAGACUUGUGAUAACUCUACGGUAAGUGGCACAUUGACGAUGACUAAUAACAAAAACAUAAUUUAGGGCAGGUAGACAGACAGGCCGACGGUGGGUUGAAAGAUGGAUCGAUGGAUGAUAGAUUGACAUUAUAAAUUUACAGCAAAACAAAUGUUGAUGGACAUUUUUGCGGCUGGUCUAAUCACUUGCUGAGAGUAAAUUGGGAGAAAUUUUAGUUGCGAGUUAAAACGUUCGGAGUCGAUUCAGCAAAUGGGAGCGGCAAAAAAAGGAGAGGAACGCGAGAGGGGUGCACUCCGUUGCCUUGAUUGAAAUAUGAGACUCUUCCGGUGUUUCGGCAACUGAGAGCAAAGGUCAAGCUGGGACCAUCACGAAGCGGAGAGGAAAACGAAUGCACUCAGUUCACAGGUUUAGAUGUAAUAUUUGCCUAGGCCUAAGUCCUAAGCCUUUACUUUAAGAUUUGAUUUAAGGGCUACUUAUUAUGCACAAUUUCAAUUGACCAGAAUAAAAAUUUAGAACAAAUAUGUCAUGUCUGGUCUGAUUUUAUUUUAUAUGUAGUUGACAUAGGCAAUGACUAUGAUAGUUUAGUAUAGUCUAUAGACUAUAGUCACUAUAGUCUAGUCUAGCCCUAGUAAAUAGUAUACUCUGUAUACUAUUGUAUAGUUACUAGUAAAAACACAAAUCAGGCAUGUAUUAUAAUUAUAAAUAAGCAAAAGUAUUUUUAUACUGUAAUUUUUAUUAUAACUUUGGAUAGAGUCUGGCUUAUUAUACUUAGUUUAGCCAGUUUAGCCUUCUAUAAUAUCAAUAAUUAUAAUAGUAAAAAAUAUAACUAGUAUAGUAAUAGCAUAAACCAGUCCAGAGUGUUUCCCAACCUUUUCUUUAUUAUUUAUAUUCUAGUCUGUACACCCUCCGGUAAAUGUUGAGAACAAGGCCAGCGAUGGCCACCAUCUGGUUGACACAACCUCAACCAGUUAAUUCUGUCACUAAACCUAAACUAAAUCGAUCCCUAUGACGAACCUGAACCCUAAAUCAAUCCCUAUGCCUAACCUGAACCAUAAAUCGAUCCCUCAACCUAACCUAAACCCUAAUUCACUGCAACUAUAAUAAACACGAAAAUGACGUCCUUCAAAUUGUUUGACUAUUACUAGGUAGCAGUAGCAGGUCUUUGUUUCGCACCCUCAAAACUAAAAAAGCAAAAAUGAUUUUAUGAUUUAAAAACUGGAAAAAAAUGGACUUAAAGUACAAUGAAAAAUAUUAUAAAAUUGAUUUCAUUAAGCAACUUAGUAAUACUAGAAAUGACGUCUGUCUUGUUGCACACCACAGUUUGGGAAAUCAUAAUAUAGUGUAUAAGUAUAGGCUAAUUGGUAGCUUACUAGCUACCGUUCUAAUAUUAUAAUUAACAAGGAUCGUCCCGCUUGAGCAAUCUUGUCCCAGCCAGUUCUGACUUUUGUCCCAGUUUGGUAGAAAUUAAUUGUCUGUGUAUGUUAAUGUAAAACAUCUUGUACAUAUUGACCUUAUUAGUUGUUUGGUAUCAAUUCCAAAUUUUUUGUAUGUACUUGUAAUUUGCAAGGUUUGUGAAUUCAUAGUUAGUUAUUUUGUUAUGUCUUUUACUCGGACUGGGACAUAGGCCAUCUACAAGUGCAUUUCAUUCAUUUCCUGUCACGACUAGCUCUAUGUAAGGUUGCUUCCAGAAGUAAAACUUCCUACCCAUCAGCCUCACUACAUAGUAAUCAUCGGCCAGUUAUUUCAGUAUUUUCCUGUAUUUUGCUUUAAAUACUUUAAAAUUCCUACAUUUACAUCUUAACCUAAAAUUGUAGAUAUAGUUGAACAAGGUAUGUUUAACUAUAUCCCUAACACAGCUUGAACGCAAUCCUUCAUUUACUAUCCUAAAAUUGUAGGAUUUGUUGUUUUUUUUAUUUUUCAUAAUUAUUCACAAUUAUAAAGCUAGCUUUUGGGUUACAGGCAGUUGGGGUUACUUUUUUUUUAAAUAAAUACAUUAACUCGAUAAAAGAGAAGCUUCUAAUCUUGUUCCUAGACCAGAAAAUUAGCCUCUGAUCACCCCAAUAUAAAGCAGUCCAUAAUAGACAGUGUUAGUUAAGUUGUUCAUAUAUAAUGAUUGGGGAGUGUAUUAAUUAAAUUAAAUUUAAGGCAAAGGCUGACCUCAGCCAAAGAUCAAGUGACAGGCAUCUUAUUAGUUGUAGACUUGUUAAAGGAGAAUUUGAAAGGGAAAAAAAGAAGGCCUAGAUCUUUUUAUUUUUAAAAAAGGGUUCCAUUUUAUCUAUCAUGUCUCUGGAAGAAGCUCCCAGGUUACAUACUUCCCACUUUAUUUUUUAUUGUGGCUUCCAUCCACCUAGGAAUGUCUAUCCAAAAUAAAAGUAGUUCUUCCAGUUAAGUUGCAGUUUCUUUAUAAAUCGAGAAUGUUACAAAACUUAUUUUGUAUUUUUUAUUGGUUUUAGAUGGCUUCCAUUGAAAGGAAAGGAAAGAAAAGAAGCAAAUCUUUUUACAGGAAGUGUGCUUAUGGCGGAAAAAAAUCCCGUAUUGGAGGAAAUAUAUUGGAACCUGGCAUUAAAGGUUUUCUCGUUAUGUGCAAUAAUGAUGAAAAAAGUGCUGUGAGAGAAUGCUACAAUAUUUUCAAUGAAUAUGCUGACCAGUUGUAUGGACCAGACCAGGUAAGCUUUUAUCUGAAGAGAAAGCUAUGGAAUAAAUUUUAAAAUCCAAUAUAUUACCAAAUGAAUGUACAUUAAGUGAUAGGCACCGGGUAGUUGACAUAACUUAAGUUACAUUUUGCCUAAUAGCAGCAGUUCUUCUUAUAAAUGUGUUAAAUAAAUUAAUCGUCACUGUUACAUUGAUUACCUUUCUUACAAACUUGUCUUUUUUUUCUUGUCUAUUUUAAAGACUAAUAAGCAACCUGUUAAUGUCGAUGAAUCCAAAGAAGAUAGUGACUGUGAUGAUCUAGAAAAGGCUCUUAAACAGGAAGUAGAUGGAUUAAAGGAUACUGUGUCAAAGCCCAAAAGAUUUCAGAAUGUUAUGGCAAAUGCUAAAAACUGUGUAUUUAUUCGAACAACUCUUGAAGAUCCAGUUAAAUUGGUAACUACCGUUAUGGAUGACAUUGCUAAAAAAAGAAUCAACAAAGCCAGGUAUGCUGCACGCAUCCUUCCUAUUCUAGAGACCUGCAAGGCCCAUGCUGAAGAUAUUCAGAAAUGUGUGAAAAAAGUGCUAAGUCCAAUAUUCUCUACUGAAAAUCCCAAAGUUUUUUCGACCUAUACUAUCUUAUACAAAGCAAGAAACAAUAAUGGGACUACGUGCAACAAGACAGACGUCAUUUCUAGUAUUACUAAGUUGCUUAAUGAAAUCAAUCCUGACAUCAAGUUUUCCUGGACAAAUUAUCAAGCAGCUGUAUUGGUUGAAAUCGUACGUACUGUUUGCUGUGUUGGGUUUGCCCCGGAUUAUGUAAGGUAUCGUAAAUAUAAUUUGCAGCAACUUCAGCAGGGUGAAAAAUUUGAUUCUAGUAAGGGGGAUUCUGUAGAAGUUUUUCACAAACCAGACAAUAAAAUUAAUGAUGGACUUAAGGCCAAUGAGCAUUCUGCUAAUGACUUGGCGGGAAAGCCAAAUACGUCUCCUACCCUUUGUUCUGCUACAGAUGUAGAGACAAUAAGUACUGAAAUAUGUAAUAUUGAGGAGACAGAACCAAAGAUGCAGUAUACCAAGAACUUAGAGAAAACACAAUCUCAGGAUCAUGUUGUUAGUGAGGAAGAACAAAUACAUUCUGUCACACAUAACAGUCAGAGCUACCAAGACUCCAAGAUUGUAGAAAUUGAUGAUAUGGAUAAAAAUAAAUCUCUUGAAAAUGAUGUUAGUUAGGGCUAUAUUUAACACUGAUACAAACAUGAAAUACUAAUAUUUGGCCUUUAUUUAGAAAGUUAUUCAGUUUAUUUCCACAUUGCAUUUAGGGAAAAAGAAUAAGAAUCUCUCAAGAGAUCUAUAUCUAUAAAAAAUUAUAAAUUAUUGUCCAUUUAAAAUUAACAUUCAUUUUUGCUCAAGUGUUUAUUUUCUUUUUCUGUCAAAAUCUGUUGUGGUUUUGUUAUCUUAUUAUUUAGUUAUCAAUUACAAUUGUAAGGAAUUCAUAGUACCGGUAUGUAGAUUAAUGUUACAAAUUACUGUCAUGCAUUAGAAUAUGAAAUUUUGGCAGUGGUUCUCAUGUAAGUUAUUAAGCAAUUUAAUAGCAGAAAUCAUGAUUUGCUUAUAACAGCUAUUUAAGAGAGAGCGUUUUAUUCUGAAUGUCCAAUGGGGAUAUCAAAGGAAAUGGGGCAUCAGAGAUCCAGUAUAAUUUAGGGAGCCUUUAUACUACUAGCAUUAACAGGGUCAGCUUUGUCAGGUGUAUUUAAAAUAAUGUACCAUUAAAAACCAGUUGCAUCUCUAAGAAGUUUUUGAACUAAUUCCUAAUCUACUGUGCAUUAAGGAAUGAGAGAUAAAAAGAUUUUAUUUUUAUAUAUUGGGUAGCAUGACUCAAACUUAUACUUUUACUAUACAAUUACAAUAGUAAAAGUAUAAUUACAUUUUGUACUGGAAUGAGGUCCUCUGGGUUUGUUUC